GCCCCGCCCCUUCAUUCACCGAGCUAGCUGACGGGUCCCACUCCACACCGUUUUGACACUACAUUUAUCCUUAAAAAUAUCUCAACAAGAAGGACAUUAUGUCCGCAAACAACAUGUCAGGCCCACAAAGGGUAAACAAAAUUAUCCGAUACAAGGCCCCCAGCACGGAAGCAAACCCCACCCUGGAAGACCCUACUCCAGACUACAUGAACCUACUCGGCAUGAUCUUCAGCAUGUGUGGCCUGAUGCUGAAGUUAAAGUGGUGUGCGUGGAUAGCAGUGUACUGCUCCUUCAUCAGCUUCGCUAACUCACGCAGCUCAGAAGACACUAAACAGAUGAUGAGCAACCUGCUGUCCAUCUCAGCCGUGGUGAUGUCAUACCUCCAGAACCCCCAGCCCAUGUCGCCACCGUGGUAA